AUGGAGAGAUCUGAUAAUAUUGGAAUUGAACGUGGAUUCGCUCUCGCAUUUGAUUUCUUCGUACACGCUUUGAGGGCUUUCCGGCAUUCGAGCUCAAGAAUUAGGAUGCCGGAACAUCCCAGUGAAACAACGGGUGAGGGGGACACCGAGGAGGAUAUUUUUGAAUUGGGAGAAGAUGUUAGUCAACUGUUAAAGAAGCAAAGAUCACUUAGAUCAAAGGUAUGGAAUGAUUUUUCAAAGAUUGGAGGAGAGAGAGCGAAAUGUGGUCAUUGCAAAAAAAUCUUUGUUGCUAGUAGUGCUAAGGGGAUUAGUCACUUGAAAAAGCAUAUCGAAAAAACGUUCCCUAUUCUAAGACGAAAGGAUGGAAAUGUCCCUAAGAGUGCCACACCCAAGGUUGCAUCUUUUAAGUUGGAUCAAGAGAGAAGUCGUAUGGAUUUUGCAACUAUGAUAAUCAAGCAUAACUACGCGUUUAACAUGGCUGAACAUGAAUUUUUUGAGAUAUUUUGCUCUAAUCUACAACCUAUGUUCAAGCUUGUAUCUCACAACACAUGCAGGGCUGAUGUACUCAAUGUCUAUGAAAUUGAAAAGAGCAAGUUGUACUCAUUUUUGGAUGAGCUUUCUUGUAAGAUGACUGUGACGACUGAUAUAUGGACCUCGGACCAUCAAAACUUUGGGUACAUAUGUUUGACUGCGCAUUUCAUUACUGACAAUUGGGAACUCAAGAAGAAAAUUCUUGCUUUUAAAAAGAUUGAAUACCCGCAUGAUGGAGAGACUUUGUUUCUCUUCCUCUUCCUCCUCCUCUCUCUCUCUCUCUCUCUCUCUCUCUCUCUCUCGCCCUUUCUCUCUCUUUCCAGGAAAAGUUAUGGAAACAGGGAAAGAAGAAGAUAUUUGCAACAAAAUAUCUCCUCCUAGAGAUAUUAUCAAGUGCAACCACAACACCCCUCUACUUAUGCAACCGACCAAUAGCAUAUAGUUAAAUACCCAUUAAAUAUGAGUUAACUCCAUAAACACAUAAUUUAAUUAAAAUAUGAGUUUAAAAUACUAAACAUUCGGAACGGGUAUUACAAAGAUAGUGCGGACACCCAUAGAGUUGAUGGUUUCAACAGCUCCAGUUUCCAACUCAGACCAUGGGAUUUCCAGUUGGCUAGGGCGGUUGAGGUUAGUAUUGCUAUAGGCUCUGAUAUCAGUGGUGAAAUAUGGAUGGUGAUCCUGUGUCCAGAAUGGGUUAUGAGGGAAUUGAUGGCCUUCUUGUGUACGCUCAAGGAUGAGAGCCCCUACAUGUUCAAAGGAGUAAGGGCAGUAAGGGAGAAUGUGUCCAACAUAGCCACACUUGAAACAAACCUUGAAAACUCUUUCAUAUCCAAAUUGCACCCAUGUUAAACAGAGUUUAGCAGCGAAAAUCUUAAAUACUAAAUUCAAAACUACUUAACUGUCUUAUAACUCAAUGAAAUAAAACAGAGUUUGAUAAAUGUGAUAACACUUUUGGAAAUUCAAACAACAAUACUUUAAAUUAACAGAGCUUCUAAGGGUGAGGCAUCCAAGGCUUGACAAACUCCCCUUCCUUAGUUGGGCGAUCUUCACCCUGAUACUGAUCAUCUUGCAGAGGAUUCUAUUCUUCAGUCUCCUAAUUACCUGGCAUGAAACGCUAGCCCAACAGCACUAUAAUGAGUUUUGAAACUCAGUAGAUAAUCUCAACC